CUGGGACUUCCUGCCAACUUCCACCUGUACUGGCGUCAUUUUUUUCAGGGCAGAUGUUCAGCUGCUCUAUCUCGGGCAAAAAGGAGUCGUGCCAGCCAGAGGUAAACUCCUCCCAGGGUCCGUGGCAGCCAGAACAGAGUGGAGGCCACUACUGUCGAGACCCUAAGAACUGGAUCGGUGUCCUUCAGGGAGGACCUUCUCCAGCAAUGGCUUCCUUCUUAUUCUUGCUAUUUUUGUUACUGACUCCAGCCACCAUGGCCAACCUCAAAACUGAUGGUCCAUGUCCAGCAUGUUGGGGGGCCGCCUUCGAUCUGGAGAGCCAGCGGGAGCUGCUUCUCGAUUUGGCCAAGAAAAGUAUCCUGAACAAGCUACACCUCCGCCAGCGCCCCACACUGAGUCGGCCUGUGUCCAGAGCUGCUCUGAAGACCGCACUGUGGCGCCUCCGUGCGCCUCGACAGGAAACCCUGCUGGAGCAGGACCAGACACAAGAGUAUGAGAUCAUCAGCUUUGCUGAGACAGGCCUCUCCAGCAUCAACCAGACUCGUCUCGAUUUCCACUUCUCUGCUAGAACUGCUGGCGGCACGGAGGUCCUGCAGGCCCGCCUCAUGUUCUUCGUGCAACUCCCUUCCAAUACUACCCAGACCAUGAAUAUCCGGGUCCUUGUGCUAAGACCGUACGCUACCAACCUCACCUUGACAAGUCAGUACCCGCUGCAGGUGGAUGCUAGUGGCUGGCACCAGCUUCUCCUGGGGCCCGAAGCUCAGCUUGCUUGCGGUCAGGGACACCUCACCCUGGAACUGGUAACCGAAAGCCAGGUGGCCCACAGUUCAGUAAUCCUGGAUGGGUUUUCUCACAGACCUUUUGUGGCAGCCCGGGUAAGAGCUGGGGGCAAGCAUCGGGUUCGCCGGCGAGGCAUCAACUGCCAGGGGGGGUCCAAGAUGUGCUGUCGGCAAGAGUUCUUUGUGGACUUCCGUGAGAUCGGCUGGCACGACUGGAUCAUCCAGCCUGAAGGCUAUGCCAUGAACUUCUGCACUGGGCAGUGCCCACUACACGUGGCGGGCAUGCCUGGCAUCUCCGCAUCCUUUCACACGGCCGUUCUCAAUCUACUCAAAGUCAACGCAGCUGCCGGCAGCACUGGAGGAGGCUCGUGCUGUGUGCCCACAGUUCGGCGCCCUCUGUCCUUGCUCUACUACGACAGGGACAGCAACAUUGUCAAGACGGACAUACCUGACAUGGUGGUAGAGGCCUGUGGGUGCAGUUAGCUUGUGCGUGAUACAGCCCAAGGUAGAGUAGGUAAACAUGUCCUUAUAAAGAUGGCCUUCCUCAGAAGGAGGGAGUAACUACGUUCCUGCCUCCGUCCACAAAGUAAUCGCCUUCUUUCUAAGUAUUCAGACUACUCUCUGUUGACUCCAGUAGAUCUACAUCUAAAGGAGUCACCACCAUGACCACCAGCCUCUCUGUCUCUCCUGGGACAUGGUUGACCCAAGAACACACCCCCAUCCUAAACCCUACUCUAGGGGUUAAUCCGCUGCCAACCACAAGCAACAUGGUUUUGUUCCCAGCAAAGACACCCCUUGUCACCCUUAGCCAAUGAUGCAAUCUACUCUACCUCCUGUCCCGCCAACUGAUGGCUCCACUCCACGAUGACCCGCCCGAGCAUCUCCCCUCGAACUCUACGGUGCUCCAAAGAACCCUUCCCCUGGGUUCCUAGCUUGCUGUUUUCCAAAGCGAGACCCUUGCCCAAGUGUGCUACUAAUACUGUUUGCAUAGCCUCCAGCGUCUGUCUUCCCAAGCCUGUGGGGGCUGGCGCACCUGAGCCACCGAAGCCACCGAGCUCUCCUAUCCUCUGACUUCCAGCUGAAUUUGACCAAAGGGAAAUUCAGGUUGGAAACUAAAGACUAGGGAGUUACAGAGGUCACAGAAAACUCCAUCGGGACUAAGGUCUCUCACCUCGCAUCCAGGCACUUAAGAGAGUGCUACCUAAAGGUUGAGGCCAGCUAGUUCUCAGCUAGCCUGGGCUACACUGUUAAGACCUGUUACAAAGUAAAAGAAGGGAAAA